GGCACUAAAAUACCCGGAAGUGUUUACAGCAAGAAGCUAAAGUAGCAGCUAACACCAGAGUCAGCGGAGAGUUGAAGCUCCUGGAAGCGCAGUGCACACACCUCUUCUUCCCCCUGUGCGUGGUUCUUUUUCAGAAGUCAGGAUGAGUCUGCAGUGGACUGCGGUGGCCACCUUCCUCUACGCUGAGGUCUUCUUAGUUCUGCUGCUCUGCAUUCCCUUCAUUUCACCCAAGAGGUGGAACAACAUUUUCAAGUCUCGUGUCGUGCAGGCCAUCGCUCUCUAUGGAAACACCGCCUUCAUGGUGGCCAUCGCCAUCCUCGUCUUUCUGCUGAUCGAUGCUUUCCGUGAGGUGAGGAAGUACAGCGUGACGGAGAAGGUGGAUCUGGCUAACCACCCGACGGCCAUCGAACACAUCCACAUGAAGCUGUUCAGAGCGCAGAGGAAUGAGUACAUCGCCGGCUUCGCCCUGCUGCUCUGCCUGUUGCUGCGUCGUCUGGCCACUCUGCUCUCCCAGCAGGCCUCACUCAUGGCCUCCAACGAAGCCUUCAAGAAACAGGCGGAGGGCGCCAGCAACGCCGCCAAGAAAUACAUGGAGGACAACGAGCUGCUGCAAGAGAAACUGCGUGAUGCUGGUAUCGAGGUGCCAGAUGCUGGGAAGAAAGGACCAGGACCGCAGGAGGAGAACAAGACUCUGAAAGAGGAGCUGAAGAACCUGAAGGAGGAGCUGGAGGCCACCAAGAAAGCUCUGCAGAAGUCGGACAGCGACGUUCGUGCGAUGAAGAAACAGUCCGAGAACCUGACGGUGGAGUACGACAGACUGCUGGACGAGCACAGCAAACUCCUGGCGAAGAGCGACAAGAAAUCGGACUGAGGUCACCGACUGCUUCCGGCUUCUUUCACCUUCAUCACCGUCCUCAGCAAACAGUCUGCACCGUCUUCUUCCACCCCAGCAGCGUGACGUCGCUGUCUUUCAGGUCAGCUGACAUCACUGAAGGCUGUGAUUGGUUAAUGGGACUGCCUGAGCUUCGUCAUAAGAAUGUUCGUUUACUGUCAGACUUUUCCUGUGUCACUGUUUACGUCUCUGUAACUGAGGAGCUUCUGUUGGUCUCUGAAUGGGUUUGAUUUCUUCUUCUCCAGUUUGCUGCUUUAAAGUCACUUUUGAUUGUUUGUCUUUUAAACAGCAAACUUCUUCCUUUAGUUUCCAUAAACAGUUUUUUUUCUAGUGCGUUCAUUCCUCGUUUCCUUUUUUUGGGGGGAGCAAAGUAGAUCCAAAUGUGAAUCAUGUUCCCCGCAGGAAAAGACGAGCUUCAUUCCAAAAUAAAAGCAUUCUGCCCUCAGCACAUUCUGGGUUCAAAUCGGGGUUAAAGUCCAAAGCCCCUGUCGUCAGAUUUCCGACAUUCUCAAACUGUAAUUCCCGUUGAGACUCUUGUGAAUAUGAAUGUUUGGAGCUGCAGCAAAGAUCUCUUUGUGUGAGCAAAACAAGACUCCAGUGUCUCCUCUGCUUUCUUCUUCUGGGGUUUUUUUUUUGUUUUCCUGGUUUGAAAUGUUGCCUGAACUCUUUCGUGACUGUUCGCCGUGUGCUGAAAAGUUGGACUUUGGAUGCCCUGAAGCUGUUUUGUGUUCUGCUUACGGUUAUUCAGUACAAACAAAACUAAAGAUUAGAAUAGAAAAGAGACACGCACCAGUGUGUGUUCUGCUUGUGCUGAGUGAUCGCACUUUUGUUUUUGUGUCUUUGACAGUUUGUCAUAAUAAAUGGGUGAUUUCAACAGCA